CUUCCCUACAUCUAGCCGCCGCGCUUUCCCGCUCCCGCAGCAGCAGCCGUCCGCGUCGCUGUUGCCUCCGCCACCUCCUCCGCCACCGCGCGCCCCUUGGAGUCCUGCGCCCCACCAUGCCCAAUAUCGUGCUGUUUAGCGGCAGUUCGCACCAGGACCUGUCCCAGCGCGUGGCGGAUCGCCGGGGCCUGGAGCUGGGCAAAGUGGUCACCAAGAAGUUCAGCAACCAGGAGACCAGCGUGGAGAUUGGUGAAAGUGUAAGAGGGGAAGAUGUCUACAUCAUCCAGAGCGGCUAUGGGGAAAUUAACGACAACCUGAUGGAGCUCCUCAUCAUGAUCAAUGCCUGCAAGAUUGCGUCAUCAUCCAGGGUGACUGCCGUGAUCCCGUGUUUCCCAUACGCCCGACAAGAUAAAAAAGACAAGAGUCGUGCUCCAAUUUCUGCAAAACUUGUGGCCAAUAUGCUGUAGGUGGCUGGGGCGGAUCACAUCAUCACCAUGGACCUGCAUGCCUCUCAGAUACAGGGAUUCUUUGAUAUUCCUGUGGAUAAUUUGUAUGCGAAGCCCGCGGUCCUGCAGUGGAUCCAGGAAAACAUUGCGGAGUGGAAGAACUGUGUCAUUGUUUCACCUGACGCAGGGGGAGCCAAAAGGGUCACGUCAAUUGCAGACAGGUUGAAUGCGGAAUUUGCCUUGAUCCACAAGGAGAGGAAGAAGGCGAAUGAAGUGGACCGGAUGGUCCUGGUGGACCACGUGAAGGACCGCGUGGCCAUCCUCGUGGAUGACAUGGCUGACACCUGCGGCACCAUCUGCCACGCUGCAGACAAGCUGCUGUCAGCCGGAGCCACCAAAGUUUAUGCUAUCCUUACCCAUGGGAUCUUCUCCGGACCAGCUAUUUCCAGAAUAAAUAACGCCGCCUUUGAGGCUGUUGUCGUCACAAACACAAUUCCGCAAGAGGACAAAAUGAAACACUGCACCAAGAUUCAGGUCAUUGACAUUUCCAUGAUCUUGGCCGAAGCAAUCCGAAGGACACACAAUCGGGAAUCUGUGUCCUACCUGUUCAGCCACGUCCCGCUAUAAAUCCGGAAUGUGAAGUGUCCAGCAAGCCUACUCUGACUUGUUUUUGUUUUCUGGGGUUUUAGCUGUAGGACUCAGCAAUGAUAGGUUAAUCUCUGGCAAAAGCUUCAGAUCUUUGUAUAUGCUAAGAUUUAUUGUUACCCCUUCUAAAGCUCAAGAUCAUUUCUUUCCGGUUUUGG